AUGGCGACCGAGCGCGACCUCGAUGGGGGAGUCAGACUGUCUAGCAUAUUCCUUGACAUGGAAUUCAAGGAGGCUGAUGGUAGGGCUGAACUUUUGGCAACCUUGAACGUCCCCUUUCAAGACGAGGGCGAAGAAAGAUCGAGCAUCAAAGCGGCGAAGGACUUUGACCAAACACGUUUACCCAGUAGGGAGGGCCUCAUCAGUUUAAAGACUGGUAGAAGCACGUCAGUUGCAGGAAAGUUCGACGAGAAUUCGUCAAACCAUUUUCCUCCGUCACUGAAGUACAUUUGCCAUACCGACGCUGGGUACGAUCAGAUCGAUAUCAACGCCUGCACACGCCGCGACAUCAUCGUCACCCGCCGGCUGAACCCUGCUUUCAACAUCCUACGCAUUCUACAGAGCGGAACUUCAAAGAAGGUCUCGUCUUGUCCCAUAACCCCUAGGCAAGACGUUGGGAACCCUUGGCAUGGGCUGUAUCGGCCGAGCUGUCAAGCGCCGUGCCAAACCCGUCGGGCUAGAGAUGAUGUAUCACAGCCGGAAGCCGCUGCCAGACGAGCUACUUCAGAUUGUUCUUACGCCCCCGCCGACGAACUUUUCAGCACGAGUGACAUUACCUCCGUCCACGUCCCGCUGUCAGCUGGCACCCCGCAUAUGAUCGUCUUGAAUGAGGGUAUCGUCGCUGCGGUUGGACUGGAUGUCUAUGAAAAGGAGCCACUUGUCGACGAGCGGCUGGUUAAGAACCAUUAA